AUGAGCUCCUACGUAGCCAAUUCAUUCUAUAAGCAGAGCCCCAAUAUCCCUGCCUAUAACAUGCAAACUUGUGGGAACUAUGGAUCGGCCUCAGAGGUGCAGGCAUCCAGGUACUGCUACGGCGGAUUGGACUUAAGCAUCACUUUCCCACCGCCUGCGCCUUCCAACUCUCUCCACGGGGUAGACAUGGCUGCCAAGCCCCGGGCUCACCCCGACCGCCCCGCCUGCAGCGCCGCGGCCGCUCCGGGACACGCUCUGGGCAGAGAUGAAGCGGCUCCUCUGAACCCCGGGAUGUACAGUCAGAAGGCGGCUCGCCCAGCGCUGGAGGAGCGAGCUAAGAGCGGUGGGGAGAUCAAAGAGGAGCAGGCGCAGACAGGGCAGCCCGCCGGACUGAGCCAGCCACCGGCUCCGCCACAGAUUUACCCGUGGAUGACCAAACUGCACAUGAGCCACGAGACGGACGGCAAGCGGUCCCGAACCAGUUACACGCGCUACCAGACUCUGGAACUGGAAAAAGAAUUCCACUUUAACCGCUACCUCACUCGCCGCAGGCGCAUAGAGAUCGCCAACAACUUGUGUCUCAACGAGAGACAGAUCAAGAUCUGGUUCCAGAACCGCAGGAUGAAGUGGAAGAAAGAUUCCAAAAUAAAAAGCAAAGAGGCUCUUUAGAGGCGGCCAGGAGGCCCGCAGCGCGCACCCCGAGCCCGCUUCAUCCCCGCGCCUUCCCCCUUUCCUUCUUCCUCUCUCUCUAUUUUGGGUCUAUUUGGGGGCAGGGGCGGGGGACCCCCCUCCAGUCGCGGUUAUCAGCUUUGCAGACAAAAGCGCUUUCCUUUGGCAUCCCCACUGACCCCCUGGUUCCUGCAGGGCUGCUGGCGCGACCCCGCCUCCCCUCAGCACCGGGGUCCCAGGGCCAGCUCCACGGGGGUUCCCCAGAGCCCUGAGGAGCGAACCCGCCUGGGACUCACAGCCCCAGGAUGGCUGUCCCGGAGCUGAAGGGGGCCUUGGGGCGCCGCAGGCCCGCACCCCAACCCUCGGGCCUUGCCCGCUCCUUUGUUUCUGGCGGGGCUGGCGAUGGAACGGUUGUGCUUGGUGGAGUCCGGCGCGAAUUCGGGGUGCUUCUGGUAGCGACUAAACUUGAUCUUAAUUUUUUGAAUGAUUUACAUAUAAAAGGGGGACACCACUGGAUCUCUGCCUAGGGCCCCUUCCAUUGCCCUAAGCCCUCCAAACCUCCUUCCUCAACCCCCAGAGCCCGGGGAAACCCCUCCAGCCAAAACCCUCUGCAUGCCCUCUGGGUAGGUCCCAACCUCAGACCACUAGCUAGCUCAGCUAUUGGGGCUCCCUGCCACCGGACCCCAAUAAGCAGUCCUAGAGGCUCCUGGCUGCCCAGUCGUCCCCACCACCACCUCCUGCGCCCUCCUGCCCCUCUCGCUGUUAUCUAACUAUUUAUUGCCUCCGAGUCUUUCCUGAAACUAUAUUUUGUCAUAUCAAAUAAAGACAAAAGAGCCACCAGGACACAGAUGCAGCGGCUACUCUCUAUGGGAGGCCCGGACUGGGGGGAAGUGUAUGGGGUAGUCGGGGCAGGGGUCUGCAGCCUUUCCGCCUCGUCUUAAAGACAAUUUUAGGAGCUUCUAGGGAUGCUUGGAAAGAGGGAGAUGAAAAGGCAUUGCUCGGGCACCCCGUGAAGGGUGAUGGUGGCCGGGAGAGCCCAGGCCCUUCCUCCUGGUGUUUCUCAGGCCCUCCACAGCCCAGGCCCACUCAGCUG